AAGUUUAUAAAUGUGACUAUAAUACUACAUGUAAAUGUCCUAAACUUCCACAGGGACAAUAUUGUGGUGGUCAAAUUGUGACAACGGUAACAACAACUAAAACCGCAACCGAAACAACAACUAAAACAACAACUAAAACAACAACCGAAACAGCAACGAUAACAACAACUAAAACAACAACCGAAACAGCAACAAUAACAACAACUAAAACAGCAACCAAAACAACAACCAAAACAACCACCGUAACAAAAAGACUUCCUAUAGUAACUAUUACAAUUCCAUGUCGCCCCAUCAAUGAUCAAGGGUCACCGUCAUUUAUUAAAAUGCUUGAUAGUAUAACAGGUAUACUAGUUAUAAUUUUUGCCACAAUUUGGGUAUGUUUAUUCCAUAGACCAUCUCAGGAACGUGAUGAAAUAAG